AUGCAAAAAGCGGCUGCAGUGUCUGAGAUGGACGAGAAUAUUGAGCGCAAACAAUCGUUUGGAAUUAGGCAUCUUAUGGCCGUUUUACUACACACGUUCUUAAUAUGCAUCUCCCUAACGAGGGUUUCGAUGUCUUUGGCUAUUGUGGCCAUGACCGAUAUAAAUCCAGACAUUCCGGGGGUUGUUUGCAAAGUCAUGCUCUCAGAGUGGCGAGAAACAUUGAAGGCGAGAGGCUCCUACAUCCCAAUGCUGGUGCUGAUAUGGUUGGGAUUCCUCACCAAGCAGCAAACCACUUUAGCAGUGAUUCUCCUCAAUAUCCAAGCUAUCAGCGCUGUGAAGCUUUUCGGCUCUCUGAUCAAUCACGUUGAUCUUUCGCCCAGAUAUACAGGCGUUUUGAUGGGGCUGGAAAACACUCUUGGGCAAGUGAUUGCAAUGUUUGCGCCCAUUUUCAACCAACUGAUGGUGGCAGAUUUGGUAAGUACUCCGAACUAGGACCACGAGCCUUUUUAGGGAUUAAUGAACAUUUCUAGACUGAUGUUGCCAGAUGGAGAUCAAUAUUCUUAUCAUUGGCAGCAGUGGAGUUUGUAACCUGCCCAUUUUUCAUCCUACUGGGCAGCGCUGAGGUCCCUUGGUGGAACUCGAGAACCAGAAAAAAUGAGGAAAGGCAAUAGAAGCUGAUCUUAUGAUCAAACCGUAUUUAUCCCAAUGAUGUCAAGCGAGCAUUAAAUCAAAGUGGUAAAGCGCCUCAACUUUUCAAAUUAUAAACAAAAAACACCUAUAAAUAGGUGGGAAAAAAUAGAGUCGUAAAGAAUCGGCGUGAGCCCGCAUCACAUGUCUUACUUAUUCGAAAGUUA